UCGUUCCAUUCGCAACCAAGCGUACAGAACGAAACAUGAUUUUAUCGCAUACGCCGUUAAGCUGAUUGAGCCUGUAAACACUGAUCCACACGGGUAUUUGCUUAAACAGUUUGUGUUUCUUUAUCUCCCUUCGCAGCAUCUUUCCGGCGGUUUGACGCUAGACUGGUAGCCCGUGUUUGUUAUUCCGCAGUAUGCCAGUUCUGGCAGGCCGGCGAUUUUUUUCUGACGUUAUAUCGUUAUUCUUAGACCAGCAUUUUUUUGUUAGAGUGCACAUUCUGGUGGGCCCAUUCCAGUAGCGCCGAUCGUGUGCUGCACACACUCUUUCUCUCGGACAGUGACUUUUUGCACGCGGCUGCAGCAGAGCGGCGGAAAAGUUGGAUCAUGUUUAACAUGGAUUUAUUGACUUUAUUGCGCUAAACAAGCUCAACAGGGAAAGCGUAAUUGCCUGCUGCUCUAAUUUUUGCGCUCAUCAUUUUCGGACGAUGUGUUCAGCUGGCCAUCAGCAUCGCCGCCAUUAUCUUUAUCGUCAUGUGUCUGUGCUGCUGUAAUCCCUGUUCCCUGUGCUGUGCAAUGGGCAAAAGCUGCUGUAAAUCGCUGUGUGAUUAUUGUGACGUCCGCGGACAUCUUCGGCAACCCUGGAGAUGUUGCUCCACACUGGCAAUCGUCUCCCUGGUAUUUGCGGUGAUUCUCAUUCCAACCGGCUUGACAGUAAUGGGAUUUUUCGUUGAUUACCAUGACUCGGAUAAGAUGGGAUAUCGGAUUUUGGCGUGGUUUGGCAUUGCCAGUUUCCUGACCGGCAUUGGACUGCUGUCAUUGGGAUUGCUGCUGUGCGGAUGCGUAUGGAGAGUCUAUCAUCUGCGGGAAAAGACGCGUAUUCAUCUGGAAAUGAAACAAGGCACCUUAUAUCUGGGCUCUUCGGCGGCAUCGCGCUUCAGUAACAAUAAAGCCCGCGAAUCACCGAUGCUCUCACUGCGAUCUCACACGGAAACCAAAGCCAAGCAGCACCGCGACGUGAUCGACGUUGAAAAUCUUCAUUUAACAGAAAGCGAUGUCCGUCUGACCAAAAUCCAGCCGCGCCCCAUCUCCGUCCAGACAUUCCAGAAUUCUGACCGUGAGAACGACAACCUGCCUAGUUCUCCGCCUCCCGGUGCCCACACGUUGACCCGCAAUGGUACAGGCGGGUUUAAGGAUACAACGUUGACCCGCAAGCCGCCGGUAUUAGUGAGCAGUCUGAAGCGUCAGUCGGCCGAGAUGACAAUCGGUGGCUCCGGUCAUUCGCAUAUUUCCCCACCGCCCAAACCUCCGCGUGAUCCGGGACAGCUUGUAUAGUUGGAUUUGCUUUGUGCUUAUUUCUUGUCUUGAAAAAUUUUCCGUUUUUUAACUGGCUUUUUAAUAGUUUGAUGCAUCGUUGCCAAAUUGAGUUUUUUUUUGCAUGGGACCAAAAAGUGCUUCGUUUUGACUUGCUGCUUUGUGUGAUGCGACAGAGUUAUAUAUAAUUUGCACAUCCGUUGGGUUUCGUUAUGAAUAAAGUUUUAAUUGUUUAUCCGGGCUGUGCACUGCUUUUGAGAAACUCCCAAAAGCCGGUUGUAUCAAAGUUUUGUGGCAUUUAAAGUCUGUGGAAAUUUUUUUGUCUAUGCCAGCAAAAUUAACGUAUUUAAUCAACCAGACCAAACAAAAGGCGCAGCUUUAUUGUAGCAAACCUAAUAAAUUACCUUUACAAGUACAAGAUCGAGCCGCACCGGUAAGUCCUGA